AUGUCUGAGCUCACACAAUCUCAAUUGGAGGACAUUAAAGGCUAUUUUGUAGCUUUGAAAACUUUCUUCAAUGCUACAAACUCAAAUAAAGAUAGGUCGAGCUCUUCUAGAGCUCAAAAAGCUAGAGCCAAGUUAUUAAAAUUGAGUCCGUCUCAAUUUUAUGAACUGAGUACUGACGUAUCCGAUGAAUUAAAUAGGCGUAUUAAUGAGGACCAGGACCAGCCGGAAUAUCUUUUACCUAAGACAAACUUCCAUGUGAAAAGAAACCAAGCAAGACAGAAACUUGCAAAGUUGUCCCAAACUAGAUUUAACGAUCUCAUAGACGACAUAUUAUUUGAGAUUUAUAGAAGAGACUAUCAUAACGGUUCGACUAAAAAGCCAGAUGGUUUUGAUAAUUUUGGAAACGAGAAACAAAGUACUAAAUCAGAGAUGCCUUUUGAUCCUAAAGAUGACACAGUUGAUAAUUAUAACAGAGUUGAUGAUAACGGCGAUAAUACCGUAAACCGGCAUUCCAAUACUGAUGAAAAUAGUAGCUCUAACAAUGAAACUACAACAUCAACUACAGUACAGCCUAUAGUAGUCAUCCCCAAAAAAGCCUCUAUUGAUUGGUCAUCAGAAGAAGAAGAUAAUAAUGAAAAUUUAGAUGGUAUUACGAAGCAAGUCAAACCAAUUACUGAGACUGACGAUGUUACAAGUAAUACUAAAAAUGAAUCUACCAAUUUAUCUGAUUUGAUUGAGAAGACUUUCAACAAUGCUGAAGCAGUACAAGAAGAAGAAGAGGAAGCCCAUAAUAAGAUGUCUACUCGCUCAACUGAUAAUGAUGACUUUAAUCUCAAUGAUACCCCGGUAACAAAGAAUAGUAAUGAAGAGAAGAACAAUUUAGCUUCAAAACUGUUUGAAUUUGACCAACCACAAGAUGUAUAUAGCAGUACAAAUGACUUUUCUUCUUUAUACAGAUCUGCGGAAGAUAUUUCAGAUGUCAAAGAAGGUGAUCAAUCUCUUGAAUUAGGUAACGGUGAUGACUCCUCUAAUCACAUUGAACAUAGGUAUCAAAAGGACUUCAUCCAACUAAACUCUCAAAUAAGGGAUCUUUCCAUUGAGAAUGAACAGCUUAAACAGCGUAUAUCUGAACUUGAGUUAGAGAUGAAAUCACCAACAAAAUCUGUAAAGAGAGAAACAUAUUUGCCUCCAGUUGAUACCAAAAAAACACUUAAAAACUUAAUGGAAGAUAAUCUUCUUAACGAUUCUGAUAAUUUGCAAAAAUUCUUCGAUCCUAAUGGAUACAUUUCUUUUGAACAUGUAGAUACAGUUAGAAAAAAUGUGAAUCUGAUAUAUUCUACUAUCUAUGCAAACUACAAGUCAGAACAAGAGCAUUUUGAUGUACAGGGUAAAACUUUGUUCAAGUAUUUGGCUUACAUUUCUGAUGCAAUUUCAAGAGUGUUGUCUGAGCUACAACUUCCUGAGUUUCAUGACCAGAAUGUAAUUGUUAAGGCAGCAGUUUCACAUGCUAUUACAACUUUGAGAUAUUAUACCACUUAUGGUCCACUUAUACCGGUUGUUACUCUACAGGCAUCUAUUACUGAAAUACUGUUUUCUUUUUGUACAUUAAUAAAAAGUGCCAAAAUUAAGUAUGAUGGUAAAGAAAUUGCAAGGUUAAACAGUGAUAACACAAAUAACAUGGCAAAAUCUGAAUCAACAAAAUUGCCCACCUUUCCUUCAACACCAGUUGUAGAUGAAAAGCAGAAAAUGACGCCCUUCUUCCAAAAGCCAGGUGAACUGGAUUCCUUUCUUGAUCAAAACGAGGAAUCGCCUGUAAAACCUUUGAAAAUUACACAGAAAGCAAUAAAUAGUCCAAAACUAACCCCGGCAUCAACUUCAAGAAAGCCUUCAGGGACAGGCUUAUUUUCACUAAAAAUUGAGAGCAAAUCUGUGGAUACUCUAAGUAGAUGGAAAGAAGAAAACAAUGGACCUGAUUUAACUCCUUCCAAAAUUUCAAGAGACGUUAAAGAAUCAGGACAUUUAGAGAUUAAAACUCCAUCAAAGGAUGUAACUAAGGACAUAGAUAAUAACCCGAAAACAUCUAACCCUGCAAGUUCAGUUGAUCCAAACAUUGCUGGUAAAUCUAUUCCUGUCGUUGAAUUGAAAAAUCAGACAGACUCGAACAAGACAAAUGAUAAUACAUUUCAACUCCAAGCAGAACCUGCUCCUAUUUCAACGAAUAAAAAGUCAGAAGUUGAACCUGUUAUUGAUACGGUGCAGUCUAGUCGAGUUGCUACAGAGCCGACUUCUUCUAUGAAUAAUUUGAAACCAGACCCAAGCUCUACAGAAUUAACAGAACCCUCUAUAGAAAAACCAUCACCUCCAAAAGGACUAUCGCUAAUGGGUAGCUUCACGAAGUCAUCACUAAGAAAGGUAGAUCUCAGCGGAGAGCAAAAUAAAAGGGAUACUGACAUUUCUAAAGAUCAGCACCCUAUAGAACUUAAAAAGUUCGAAUCUACAUCUGCAAAAGAAAGUUCCUUAGCUCCUAAAUCAGAUUCGGAAUCUCACUCAAGAAGUUCAUUUGAAGGUGAUGAUAGUGUGCAAUAUGAGCCGCUUACAAAGUCUCAAGGAACUGCAAAUAAUUCAGGCCUAAAGGAUGACAUUCGAGCUGGGCCAAAUACCAUGGAAGGAAUAACCUCUCAUGAGACAAAAAACUUAAUGGCAGUUGACUCAAUAAAAAAGAAUGUUGACAUCAAGAAGCCUGAUGAGCCAACAAAAACUAUUGAGGAUAUUAAAAAAGACAAUGUCAAAAAAGUUUCCAGUAUAACCACAGCAGAUACUCUGAAUUCUGUUAUUGAAAGUCCUCAACAAAAUACCAUUCACACCAGUAAGAAUGCUGAAACAAAAACCGAUAGUGAAGAAGAGGACGGCAAUGACAACGAGGCCGGCGAUGAAGACGAAGAUGAUGAUGAAGAAGACGAUGAAGACGAAGACGAUGAAGACGAAGACGAUGAGGAGGAUGAGGAUGAGGAUGAGGAUGCCAAUGAAAAUGCUAGUGAUAUAAAUUUUGAUAUUGAUGCGUUUGACAUUGAAAACCCCGAUAAUACUUUAUCUGAGUUGUUACUCUAUCUAGAACAUCAAACAAUGCAAGUUAUAUCCACAAUUCAAAGUCUCUUGACAUCCAUAAAGGAACCGCAAGCAACAAAAGGAAACCUACGUUCAGAAUCCAAUGCUAUUAAUGAAGUUAUAGGACAAAUGGUUGAUGCAACAAGUAUUUCUAUGAACCAAAGCCGUAACGCUAAUCUAAAAGAGCAUGGUAGCUGGGUUGUUCAAAGUUUGCAAGAUUGUGCUAUGCGAUUGACAGUUUUGUGUAAGUUAAACAAGAAUGGUACUCUAAUUCAUGAAGAUAAUGAUGGUGAUUAUGCUGAUAAGAACUUUAAACAAAGAUUAGCAGGUAUUGCCUUUGAUGUGGCCAAAUGUACAAAGGAAUUGGUGAAAACUGUUGAGGAGGCAAGUUUGAAGGAAGAAAUUGACUAUCUCAAUGCAAGAUUAAAAUAG